CCGUGCAGUGCUCUCUCUAUAACCCCACUACAAAAAAGAGAAAUAAACAAUCCCCACACAUACAAAAACCCACUAGGAUAUUAGACUCCCCUCUCUCUCUCACACACACACAGUGAUAUCAAAGAGAGCACACUUAAGAGAGACAAAGAAAGAGACUGAUGAGAAGAACAAAACCAAUGUGAAAACAAAAAAGAAAAAGAAAAAGAAAAAGAAAAAAAAAGCAGUUGAAGGGGGAAAGGAAAGGAAGGUUGAGUUGGUUAUGGUGGAAAAUCUAAUCGGCACUGUACAGCAGCUCAGGGGUAGAUUCGUGAUUACAGAUUCAUAUCAAUCUCCAUGCUCGUUCUCUUGUUCUUCACCUCCGUGUCCGGGGCUCCUACUAAUGCUGUUGAAUCAAUCGGCACCAAAAUCAGUAAGCUCGGUGGAGUAUUCAUCGGCGGCGUUGGCGGCGGAGGCAACGGUGGUGGUUUCUGGAUGGACCGUCAACCUUCCAAUGCCGGUAUAGCUUUUGCGGUCACGGCCUUGGCCGGACUCGCCUUGGCCGCCGCCGUUUUCUACUCUACUAGAGGUCAUCUCAAAUCACCAUGGUCUCGUAGAAAAAGAAAACGUGCUCUUGCACCCCAACAGUGGAGAGGCUUUUUCACACCAGAAGGAAAACUUCGUGAUGGUGGAGUUAAAUUUCUAAAGAAAGUCCGAAGCGGAGGUGUUGAUCCAAGUAUCAGGGCAGAGGUUUGGCCAUUUCUGCUUGGGGUCUAUGAGUUGAACAGCUCCAAAGAAGAAAGAGACUGUAUAAGAAAUCAGAAAAGGAGGGAAUAUGAGAGCCUUCGGAGAGAUUGUCGCCGACUGCUGAAACGCAAUGGAAUUUCUAAACUGAAGGAAACUGGUGGAAUGGGAAGCGAUGGUGAAGGCAAUAUCACUGAAGGGAUGGAUUCCCCUGACUAUGAAGAUGUUGUUACUGCCCGGGAAUCUCUCUCUAGUGAGGACAGGAGCCCAUACAUCGAGGAUUCUGACAACCCCGGUGGUACAGAUGAAUUUUCCAGUUCCAAACGAGUGAUGGAGCCAAAUGAUAUCUCUGACUCUGAGUCAUCAGACUCGGAUUCCUCUGCAGAUCCUGAUAUUAGUCAAACUGUCCCCUCCGCAGAAAGCAUGGAUGAGAGUACUGCUGAAGUUGCUGAAGUGACUUCUAAGGAGGACUCUUCUCCUUCAAAGACAGAAGUUUCUUCAAGGCCCUGUAGUGCAGAAGAUUUUAAUACAUGGCAACGGAUAAUUCGGCUUGAUGCAAUUCGUGCUAAUGCAGAGUGGAUAGCAUAUUCCCCAUCUCAAGCUGUAGUAUCAGAGAGCAGGGCACACCGUUUUGCAGAGGCUGUUGGGUUGAAGGACUAUGAACACCUAGAGCCCCCUAGGAUCCUGCAUGCUGCUCGGUUAGUCUCCAUUCUUGAAGCCUAUGCGCUAUAUGAUCCUGAAAUUGGCUAUUGUCAGGGGAUGAGCGAUUUGCUUUCACCGAUAAUUACUGUAAUGACAGAGGACCAUGAAGCUUUUUGGUGCUUUGUUGGUUUCAUGAAGAAGGCUCGGCAUAACUUCAGGCUUGAUGAAGUUGGAAUCAGGAGGCAGCUAAACAUUAUCUCUAAGAUCAUCAAGCACAAGGAUUCGCAUCUCUAUCGACACCUGGAGAAGCUCCAAGCAGAGGAUUGCUUUUUUGUGUACAGGAUGGUGGUAGUGCUUUUCAGGAGGGAAUUAACUUUUGAGCAAACUCUUUGCAUAUGGGAAGUAAUGUGGGCAGACCAAGCGGCUAUUAGGGCCGGGAUUGGGAAGUCUGCCUGGAGUAGGAUUAGGUUGCGUGCCCCACCAACAGAUGAUCUUUUGCUUUAUGCAAUUGCAGCAUCUGUAUUGCAACGGAGGAAACAGAUCAUAGAGAAGUAUAGUAGCAUGGAUGAAAUUUUAAGGGAGUGUCAGAGCAUGGCUGGUCAACUGGAUGUAUGGAAGCUUUUAGAUGAUGCUCAUGACUUGGUGGUCACUCUCCAUGAGAAGAUAUAGACACCUUUGUUAUGGUGCUUUGUCGGAUAUUACACUAAUUUAUUCUCGUUGCAUUCUCGGAAGUUAUUACGCAGGAUGAUGCUAUUGAAAUCUGCAGGCAUCUCUGGUACACAUGAAGAACUGCUCUACCUGAAGACAGUUUAUGGCGAAGUACUGGCGCUGCAUUCUUUUGGCUAAAAAACAGGCAAAUGUCAAAAGAAUCUGCACUUAGGAAAUAACUUAUGCGACUAUAUCCUACAUGCAGGCUGCAAAUGGUUGAACUUAGUGUAGCCAUUCGCAGGUAGCCUGCAAAUGGUUGAACUUGCGUACCAUACUUGGUAUUAAAUUUUUAAUUUGGUUCUAUUGUUAAUGCGCCUAAGGUGGCCUUUAGUCGAAGUAUUUGUAUGAAUCUCCUAUUGCCAACUUCCCCAGGAAAAGGGGGUUUGGUUGCAAGGAGUGUUCUCCCUGAACAAAGGGAGAUGGGAUUGUGAAAGAAAAGGCAUUGUGGUUGAUUUGCAGCUUUGACGAACUGGAAAA